CACCACCCGCCUGCCGCGUGAGAAGCCGGUGCCCCGGCCGCGGCCACUUACACGCUGGCAACAGUUCGCGCGUCUCAAGGGCAUCCGUCCCAAGAAGAAGACCAAUCUGGUGUGGGACGAGGAGAGCGGCCAGUGGCGGCGCCGCUGGGGCUACCAGCGCGCCCGGGACGACACCAAGGAAUGGCUGAUCGAGGUGCCCGGCGGCGCCGAUCCUAUGGAGGACCAGUUCGCCAAGAGGAUUCAAGCCAAGAAAGAACGGGUGGCCAAAAACGAGCUAAACCGUCUGCGUAACCUGGCUCGAGCGCACAAGAUGCAGCUGCCCAGCGCGGCGGGCAUGCACCCUACCGGACACCAAAGUAAGGAGGAGCUGGGCCGCGCCAUGGAGGUGGCCAAGGUCUCCACGGCGUCGGUGGGGCGCUUCCAGGAGCGCCUGCCCAAGGAGAAGGCGCCCCGGGGCUCUGGUAAGAAGAGGAAAUUCCAGCCCCUUUUCGGAGACUUUGCAGCCGAGAAAAAAAACCAGUUGGAGCUACUCCGAGUCAUGAACAGCAAGAAGCCCCAGCUGGAUGUGACGAGGGCCACCAAUAAGCAGAUGAGAGAGGAGGACCAGGAGGAGGCCGCUAAAAGGAGGAAAAUGAGCCAGAAGGGCAAGAGAAAGGGGGGCCGGCAGGGUCCCGGGGGCAAAAGGAAAGGGGGUCCGCCUAGCCAAGGAGGGAAGAGGAAAGGGGGCUUGGGAGGCAGGAUGAAUUCUGGGCCACCUGGAGUGGGUGGCAAGAGGAAAGGAGGCCAGCACCAAGGAGGAAAGAGGAGGAAGUAGUAGUUUCAUCCUGGGACCUCUCCUGUAAGCCGUGAACUGUGUACACGAAACGGUCAGUUCUAGGUACUGUAACGGCGUGCCGAAGGAGGUGGCCGCCGCCCCCCUUGAAUGGGUAGGAUUACCCUCACUUCAAGAGGGACGUGAGUGUUGAACUCUAUAAAUGGUUUUCCCGCAGUCGAGACUUUGGAGACUAAGGAUUUAUUUGAGGACAUAAGAAUUAAGGAAAUAAUUUGGUUGUAAUCGGGAAUCAGCCCUAUUCUUAAAAAGCCAACUUUUUUUUUCCUUUUUGACUUUGAUAUGGGGUGAGGGAGAGUUUGAUCGUAUUUCAGAGACUUAAAAUAGAUGGGUUUAUACUAUAACAAGCUUGUGUUUAUUAAAGAGGGAAGAAGGAAGAAAAAAGAUGACAAGCAUUUUCAGGAAUGGAUUUACAAAUAACUGUUGUAAAGGUUAUUUAAUAAAAGUGCCUGUAUCUAG